CCGAAUCAAUUUAGCUUAUCUACAUGCUAUAAUAUUUUGGCGCAUGAUUUAUUGCGUGUAUUUAUCUGGGUAAUUGGUAUAAUUUCAGUCGUUGGUAACACAGUUUCUAUAAGGUGGCAUUCUCAAAAAUAUUCUUCUAAUAAAUUUGGAAUAGUAAAAAUGUUAUUAAUUAAUUUAUCGACUGCGGAUUUUAUCAUGGGUAUCUACCUAAUUGUCAUUGCAUCAGCCAAUGUAUAUUAUGCAAAUCGUUAUUAUGAAGUUUUUGAAAUAUGGCUACGUAGUGUACCAUGUUUAACGGCCUCGUUUUGUAUCUCAUUAUCGAGCUUAAUGUCGACAUUUGUGCUUUUUCUAAUAACUCUUGAUCGUUAUCUGCACCUAGUUUUUCCUUUUCAAAAUUAUCGCUUAUCUACUAAAACUACUAUCCUAGCAUUGGUAGUUCUUUGGUUGAUAUCAAUCACAUUUGUUGGAUUACCAAUUCUUUAUAGUAUUAAUCAACCGUCAAUUAAUCGUCUAUAUUCUAGCAAUAGUGCAUGCUUACCUGGUAAUUUUAAUAACCCAUAUUUAUUAACAUGGCUAUUAUGUUAUGCUGGAUUAACCUUAAUCGUUUGGAUUUUUAUUGCAAUCAUGUAUGCCGCAAUUCUAUCGACAUUAGCAAAUUCAAGUAAAAAAACUCAUAGACGCUUAUCAAGGAAUGAUAAAAUUGUUCGCGCUAAAAUGAUUACUAUUGUAGCAACGGAUUUAAUAUGUUGGCUACCACUAUAUAUAGUAUUAAUUCGAGGUUUUGGUUUUGGAUUAGACACGCAUUCACUACCAUUUAUCGCUGUGUUAUCAUUGCCACUAAAUUCAUGUAUCAAUCCGAUCAUUUAUACGCUCUUUACAACUACCUUU